AUGAAGUUCCAGAACCCCCUCGCCCUCUCGGCCCUCAUCGGCCUCGCCACCGCCGAGGUGCCCCAGGAGCACUCCCACGAAAAGUACCUCCGCGCCGUCAACGCGCUCCUGAAGCAGGACAACCCCCUCAACAUCCAGGACGCCGUCUUCGGCCUGCUGGGCAACGCCGCCGCCGAGGCCGGCGCCGGCGACGUCACCAACCUCGACUGCCUGCACCAGUCCACGGCCGACUCGGCCUUCAGCGCCGCCAAGGCCGCCGGCGACGUCGACGGCAUGGCCAGCGCCCUCGUCUUCCGCGCCGUCGAGCGCAACACGGGCUCCGUCGGCCUCAAGAGCGUCCUCUGCGACGAGACCGCCCAGAACCCCGAGAUCGCCGCCCUCUCCCAGCACCAGGACCCCGCCUCCGACGGCGCCGCCGAGGAGAACAAGAAGAUCACCCUCGAGCUGGCGAGGCAGCUCUCCGCCGUCGGCGCCGACCCCAUGCUCGCCCUCGACGCGGGCACCUUUGAGCCUGGCGACCCGAAUGACAACACCGGAGCCGGUAACACCUGCGACGACGCCGACGAUGCCGAGGGAUGCAUCUUCACCCAGAACCUCCUGGUCCAGGACGCCACCCCCGAGGAGAUCCAGGCCGCUGUUUCCGGAGCCGGCGGCAACGCUGGUGGCAACGCUGGGGCCGAGGGUGCUGGCUGUGCAGCCAACUCGACCGCGAUCGCCAAGAGGAACCUUCGCCGUGCCACCAAAUGGAGCCUCCUGAACCGCCGCGGCAAGGGCAAGGCCGCUGCCGCCGACGAGGCCGGAUCCGCCGCCAACGCCACCAGCGUCUCCGAGAAGCUGCGCCGCGGUAACAAGAACGCCAACGCCGAGGAGGACGGGGCUGCUGCCAACGCUACCAGUGUCGCUGACAAGGUUCGCCGCGGCAAGAAGAACGCGAACGCUGAGGACGAUGGAGCUGCUGCCAACGCCACGAGCGUCGCUGACAAGUUCCGCCGCGGCAACAAGAACGCCAACGCCAACGCUGGAGCCGCUGCCAACGAGACCGCCGACGCUGUUCAGUCUGCCGGCAACGGGGGCAAUGCCAAUGCCAACGGCAACGGCAACAACCAGAACGGGAACCAGAACAACAACGGAAACCAGAACGGCAAUGACGAUGCUGCUGAUGAUGCCACGGGCAACGGCAACACCAACAACAACGGCAACAACGGCAACAACGGCAACAACGGCAACAACCAGAACAACAAUGGAAACAACGCUGACGAUGCCGCCGAUGACACUGCGGACGAUGCUACUGGCAAUGGCAACGCCAACAACAACGGAAACAACAACGCCGAUGACGCCGCUGAUGAUACUGCGGAUGCCGUCGACGACAACACUGGUAACAACCAGAACGGCAACAACCAGAAUGGUAACAACAACAACCAGAACAACAACGGCAACCAGAACAACGGCAACGCCGAUAAUGCCAACGACAACGCAGGCAACGACGCCGCCACCGGAACGGACGUCCAGACCUUCACCGGCGACCUCGGCGGCCCUCCUCCCCCCGUCACCUCCGACGCCGCCUCCGACAAGCCCUUCUCAACCAACGGCGCCACCUUCGUCAACGCCGGCGCCGCCCUCCAGCGUUCCUGCGCCGUGCAGCACAACGCCUGCGCCGACGCCGCGAACUCGGGUUCCGAGGACAUCACGGUCGCCGACUGCGACGCCCAGGAGGACGACUGCCUCGCCGCGGCCUCCCUCAAGAAGCUCCGCCGCUCCUCCAGCGUCGGCUCCAAGGGCCGCAGGAUGCGCAUCACGAGCAACCUCGUCUCGCGCCAGAACCUCGACUUCGGCGAGUGCCAGGACCCCAGCAUCCAGUUCGCCGAGGGCCUCGACGGGCGCAAGGAGGCCUCCUUCGGCCCCGCCGGCGACUUCGAGCACGGCUCCGCGCAGAACAUCAACAUCAUCAGCAGCUUCAUCUGCGGUCAGCUCGGCUCGAGAUGUCAGGCUGCUGACGAUGCUGUUGCUGCCUGUGAGCAAGGACAGGCUGAUGCCCAGGGCUUGCAGGGCCAGGAGGCCGCUGAUGCCUUCAACACCGCCCUCGGCUUGUAA